AUGGGUAAUACAACUCUUCUUAUUCUGGACAUACAAAAUGGUGUCAUUGAUCAACUCGAAAACACCGAUUCCUACCUCUCAGGCCUAGCCGAGGCCCUAUCUACAGCUCGCAAUAACUCUAUCAAAGUCAUCCACGUUAUCACAGCCUUUCGAAAUGGAUACCCCGAAAACAACCCCAACAACUCUUCAGUGCCUGCCGUUGCAGCGCGUGGUCAAUACAAAGAAGGCGAUUUCUCAGUCCAAGUUCAUUCAAAGGUGGCUCCAACUCCCGAAGAACCCAUCAUUACAAAACGCCGUGUCUCAGCCUUCUUUGGAACUGAGCUUGACAUGAUUCUCCGGUGCUCGAAUACCGAUCAUCUUGUUGUGGCGGGUCUUAUUACUAGUGGUGCCGUUUUAUCCACUGUUCGACAAGCUAUGGACCUCGAUUACCGUAUCACAGUGCUACGGGAUUUAUGUAUGGAUCGUGAUGAGGAGGUACACCGAGUCUUGAUGGAUAAGGUGUUCCAGAGGAAAACUAUGGUUAUUUCUGCGCAGGAAUGGAUCACUCAAGUCAAUGCUGCAGCCUAG